AUGGCUGCUGACAGUGAUAUUUUUACCCACACUGAGAAGGUCUAUUUGGAUGCCAGGUUUGUCGUUCCAAGGAAUUUAAUCUUGAGGGUAAACAAUGUGUCGUCACUGGGAGUUGGUCGAAUCUUUGUGAUUUGGAUCCUGAUAGUUGGGUUAAAUUUUUGGCAAAAGGAAAACGCUGCUAUCGAUGCAGUUCACCGUCUCAACAUUUUACCCAUCACUCUGACCGCGAGUGUGAAUUUUGUGGCCGCUAUGUCUGGGUCAGCACGACACCUACCAUGCUUAUACGAUAUGUCUGAAACAACUUUGUCAUUGUUAAAGUUAUGGAAUAAUUAUCACAGUGAACACAUGAUUGCCCAUUUUCGAUCUGACAAUGCUGCUGAGAUGCCAUCAACUAGAGAAUUAUUAAGUUUAGGAAUUAGAAGAGACACAAUUGGUACAUAUACUCCUGCUUUGAAUGGUACAGCCGACAUCUUCUGUUUCGAAUAA